AGGCAGCGACAAAAACUACCACCAGUGGCUAUUCACAGUAAAGAAAGGGGGCGGUGCUAUCUUUAACACAGUGAGGACCAAGGCUAACCCGGCCAUGAAAACUGUCUAUAAGUUUGCUAAAGAUCAUGCCAGGAUGGGGAUAAAGGAAGUCAAGAGCCGACUAAAACAAAAGGAGCUGGCAGAGAAUGGCUACUCCUCGACAGUGGGCACUGGUGGCACAGGAACGGGCACCGGGGAGGAGGGCACCACUGCCGGGUCGCCCACCUCCACAGACGGAAAGGACAGCAGCGCCCGAACCUGGGACGAACGGCGUCCUAUCACUGUGCACUUUGGACAGGUGGGUGAGAGGAAAGGAGGGAUAGAAAGGGGGG